AUGAUCACCUUUUUGGUGGAAGCAGAUGGGGCUAAUCCUGGUGGUAGAUCUGAUGGGGGCAGCGACGCUGUAACCGAGGUAUAUUGGGGUGAGGCAAAAAGGGGUAACUUUUGGUCCCGGGUGUCAACCGAAGCAAAAAUACCCUCUUUUCGGCUCCGGUUGUGGUCGAACCGAAGCCAUAUUCAAUUAACUCCUGGAGCCUUUGAAGCUUUAGGUACCACUCUCUCUCACGCUAUUCAACUUCUUCAAUCUUGCGGCGUCAACUUCAAACUCACCUCCUGCAAAGCACCUUUCUCUUUGGCUCCGCCUCCGUCGUUGCUUCCGCCUCCAGCAACGGUGGGAGGUGAUGAAGGAGGCACGAGCAGAGCUACGUUCAGUGGACUCUCCUUCGCACUGUUCUUGUGUGUUUACGCUGUGUUUAAUUAG